AUGCUAACAUAUAACGCCUACGUUUCGCUCGGAAGAAUCGAAGAACUCCUUCUUUUGGAAAAUCUGUUGGAUAUCAACUUCUUUGCACCUUCAAAGAGUUUAACAGUUGUCACUGGCCCGGUUGGAAGUGGAACGAUGAUAGAAAACAUUCUGUUUGGCCAUCUCUACGAGGAGUCCAAGUACGGAAGAAUAAUCGACGUCUGCGCUCUGAAAGAAGACUUUCAGCGGUUACCUGAUGGUGACCAAACAGUUGUUGGAGAACGCGGCGAGCAACAGCAUAUGGAAAAUGCUGAUGAAGUGAUUGUGUUGUGCAAAGGGCGUGUCCUCGACAAGGGAUGCUUUACUGAGCUGCCCGACAAAGGUGUAAUCAGUUCAAUUGUCGACCCGCUCCAUAAAGUAGCUCUGAAGGACAAAACGGCCAUCAUAGUCGCUCCAAACUUGUGGCACUCGUUUCUUGCAAGGCUAAACCCAGAGGAUCAGAAGAAGAAGACUUAUCUAUCUGUCUUCGCCUGUCUGGUUGGCGCGUGUUUAAUAUUUACCAUCGUUCGGGCCUAUGGAUUCUUGAAAAUUUGUCUAAAGUGCGCCGAGCGUCUUCACGAUAAAAUGGUUGUGGCCAUUUUACAAGCACCUGUCCUGUUCUUUGAUUCAAAUCCAGUGGGAAGAAUCCUAAAUCGCUUCUCCAAUGAUAUUGGCUGCGUUGAUGAGAUGUUACCCAAAACAUUCUUGGCGGCAGUGCAGAUGCUCUUGAUGAUAUUUUUCCAAAUUCUGGUAACAGUCGCCACAAAUGUUUGGCUCAUGUUUCUUAUUGUUCCAAUUUCCGUGCUGGUUGUUUUUCUAUUCAAUUAUUACCUGAAGACUGCCAGAGAGCUAAAGAGAUUAGAGUCGAUAUCCCGAAGCCCAGUAUUGGCUCAUUUUUCAAAGAGCCUGAGAGGACUGGAUACAAUUGGUACGAGAGGAGGACAGACAGAUUUUGUGGAUGCACUUUACAGAUAUCAAGAUGUUCAUAAUCAGGCGUACAUUAUGGUGAUGGCCAGCGGUAGGUGGCUCGGUGCACGUUUGGAUUGUCUCGCUUCCUUUUUAGUCGGUGCAGUUGCUCUGGCUGCAAUCUUGGUAUCUCAAGAUGCCGCUUACGCUGGUCUCGCUCUUGUUUACGUCAUCCAAACUCUGACCAUACGCUGUUAG